UUAAGUGCCAUUUUUUUACCCCAAUAAUGGAUCAAUUAUUUUAUCUGUAUAUAAAUUUGUUCAAUAUAUUUCAUAUAAUCUACGGACAAGAUGCAAAUUUUAGUGAGUUUACGACAAUUUCUUCAGUGACUACAACACCAUAUUAUUCAACGACCGACUAUUUUGCCUAUGAAAAUGCAUCAACUUUAGCGCCAGAUACCGAAUAUACGGUAUUUGUGAAAGCCUUCACAGGUAAAAAUGAAGGCGAUAAAUCGGAGAGUGUAACGGGACGAACGGAUAUAAAUCCACCACCUCCACCGGAAGUGGUCAAUGUUAGUUGUUUACGUGAAGAUGCGUUAUUUGUACAAUGGAAGCGACCGCCCAAAUAUGGCCAAAAAAUCUUAAAGUAUACAAUCAGUGUGAUGCGACCGGAAAUUCCAUCGAAACCAUUUGAAAUCGUUAAACCUGAUUGCGAUUUGAAUAUGUGUUACGUGGAUAUUCCGAAUUUAACAACAAACACAAUGUACGAAGUACGAAUUCGUGGUACAUCGAAUAGCAAAAUCAAUCCAGAUACGCAAAUUGAUGGUGAAUUUAGUUUAGCAAAACGAAUAUGUUUACGGCCAAAUUGUGAGAAGAGCCCCUUAGCUGCUGAAUUACCUGAUGAAGGAUAUUCAAUUGGAUUUAUUGUGGCUUGUAUAUGUGGAGUAUGCGCUACGUUAUUAACAAUCGCUGCCUUUGUACUUUGGCGUCUCUCGAAAUCCAGGAAAUGUUUUCAUGCUGCCUACUAUUAUCUCGAAGAUCCUGUAUGUGCUCCAGUUACAACAACGGCCGAAUGGGAAUCCGCUCCACGAAGUUUAGCUGUGGCAGCUCCAGAAGAAGUUAACAAUGGAACGGUAAAUCGUCGUGGUGGUGCAAUACCAAUUGGUGAAUUUGCUGAACAUGUUGCAAGUUUACAUGCGGAUGGUGAUAUUGGUUUUAGUCGUGAAUAUGAAGCAAUUCAAACCGAAUCGUCACAAGAUGAAUUCCCAUCAGAGCAUUCUCAAUUGCCUGAGAAUCGUGCUAAAAAUCGUUAUUUAAAUAUUACAGCUUAUGAUCAUACCAGAGUUCAUUUACUACCGAUUCCAGGUCAGAAGAAUGAUGUCGAUUACCUAAAUGCAAAUUAUAUCGAUGGUUUUCAAUGUACACGCGCCUAUAUUGGUACACAAGGUCCGUUACCAUCUACGUUUGAAUGUUUUUGGCGUAUGGUAUGGGAACAACGUGUAACUAUUAUCGUAAUGAUAACAAAUUUAUCUGAACGGGGACGAAAAAAAUGCGAUAUGUAUUGGCCUAAGGAGGGUACUGAAACAUACGGUAUCAUUCAAGUACGUAAUGUGCGCGAGGAUGUUAUGGCAACGUAUACAAUACGAACUUUACAAAUUCGUCAUCUUAGGAUUAAGAAGAAGAAGGCAGCUAUGGCGGAGAAGUACGUAUUCCAGUAUCAUUACACAAAUUGGCCGGAUCAUGGUACGCCAGAUCAUCCAUUACCCGUAUUACAUUUUGUAAAAAAAUCAUCGGCAGCAAAUCCCCCAGAAGCAGGUCCAAUAAUUGUACAUUGCAGCGCUGGCGUCGGUCGAACUGGUACAUACAUUGUCUUGGAUGCAAUGCUAAAACAAAUUAAAGCGAAGGGUGAAGUGAAUAUUUGGGGUUUCCUACGACACAUUCGUACACAACGUAAUUUUUUGGUACAAACUGAAGAACAAUAUAUUUUUAUACAUGAUGCAUUAGUCGAAGCAAUUUCAACUGGUACUGAAACCAACAUUAAACGAACUGAAAUCACAAAUUACGUAAUGAAUUUACAAUUACCCGAUGAAUCGGGUAAUCCAUGGAAGGCAUUACGUCAUCAAUAUGAAUUAGUAACAAAUUUUCAACCAAGAGAUUUUCAUUUAGUAUCGGCAUAUAAAGAGAUUAAUGUACCGAAGAAUCGUAAUCAAGGUUUUGUACCAAUUGAACAGUGGCGUGUACCAUUAACGGUUAAACCUGGUGUGGAAGGAUCCGAUUAUAUUAAUGCAACUUGGAUACAAGGAUUUCAUAGUUUACAAGAGUUUAUUAUUACGCAACAUCCAUUACCGCACACAGUACUUGAUUUUUGGCAAAUGGUUUGGGGUAAUAGUGCUCAAACUGUUGUCGUCAUAUCACCAUCUAACGAGGUACGUGACUUUCCUGAUUUCUGGCCAUUACCUGGCGAAGAUUUUGAUGCAGGUACACAUCGUGUAAAAAUGACAGGAAAUCAUACAACGGAUAUUUAUAUGGUCCGUGAAAUAACAAUUGAAUCAUUAGAAGAUGAUUAUGAAUUGCAUGUUCGAGUUGUGGAAUGUCGAGGCUGGCCACAAUCAGUACCCAAUGUUGCCGCAAUAUAUGAUUUACCCACCAGUAUUCAAACUAGUCUAUUAGAAUUUCAAAAUGGUCCAUUGGUCGUUGUGGAUAGGUAUGGAGGUGUGGAAGCAGCGACCUUUUGUUGUCUAUCAACAAUACGUAAACAAAUACUUCACGAUGGUCAUGCAGAUGUAUACAUGUACGCGAAAUUAUAUCAUCAUAAACGUCCUGGCAUAUGGCAAGAUGUUGACGAUUAUCUACGAUUACAUGUAGCGCUACAAACAAUUAGUCAUUUAUUACCAAUUUUACCACCUCCAGAUGUUUACGCACAAACAAAUGGCGGUUGUGUAAUACAACCUGCCUCACCAACAAUAACAUCCUCAGCGAGUACGUCAACCGCAGCAGCGUCAAGUGCCACAACGAAUUCCAUAGCUCCAUCUGCCCCAUCUACGUCGGCUGUGGCAACAACUUCAGCCGCAACAACUACUACGUCGGUUACAAUAACACCACCUCCUCCAACGACAAUAGCGUCGAUAGUCACAUCCUCAAAUGGUAAUAUACAAAGUGAAGUAAUUGAAAUACCUCAUACAUCAUCGGCAAUCAUUCACCAUCAUCCUAGAGAUCCGCCAGCGUAACAUCAGGUGCAAGUGACGUAUGUCUAAAGUGUGUGAAUAUGAUCCAAAUUCAUAAUCUAAACCCCUUUAAAUCACUAAAAAUAUCGUCGCGCUACUUUUUAGAAUUGAGUACCGAAUAAACUAAAUCGCGACGAGGUUUUUCUGUGAUACUGCGAGAAUGUGUGAAUGUAUGAGGAACGAAAUAUAGGCAUACUCACUAAUUUAUGUUUUAAACAAAGAGAAAAAAAUAAUGGCUUUAUACCAAAAUGGAUGCUAUGAAAUUGAGGCAAAAUUUAUGUUUUUAAUUUUUGAACGUAGGUCAAAUUUAUUUGUAUGAUAUUUUUUUUAAAUGCACUCUCAAAAACACACAGAAGAAAAUGGCGAUUUAAUGCCAAUUUUAUUUUAGAUGUGAUAUUUUAUCAAGGAUAAAAGAGGUUUAAAAGUCUCCUAAAUAAUGAAAACGUAGAAUAAAUAUGAGUUCACAAUGUCUAAUUUUGAUCGAGGAAUAGUUGGUGAACCACGUGAAAGAUCGUUUUCAGAAUAUCUUCAAAGUAUCAUUUGAAACAUUACGUUAAGUAUCGAUCAAAAUGCACAAGAAGUUUUUUUUCUUAGAUGAAUAUAUAAGCAUUUUAGGGAUUGAAUAUGUUUAAAAAAAGAUCAAAUUCUGAAUCGAAAAAUUCGUAUUUUCAUAUCUUCUUAAUAAGUUAAAAUAAAGAGUUAUGGAAAAAUUGUAGAUUG